AUGGAUGACGGCCAGGAAAUAUUCCAUCCGGACCAGGAAAUAUUCCAUCCGGACCAAGAAAUGAAUGAUCCGGACCAGGAAACCCGGAACGCUGCCAUCCAGAUUGCCACACUGACCAGAAUCAUCACUCGCCGGGCAAGAAAUAAUCCAAACGAUGAAGAAUUGCAACAACGCGCUCGUCUCGCCUUGGGCUUCUACAACAAGGUCGCGGCAUUCCUACAGGUUGACGAGAUCCCUGGAGAAGAUGGCCCACACAUCGGGUAUUUGACGACAAAUAAUGAUGACUUGGUUUGCAGGCAUCUGCCAACUGAGAUUUACGAAGCCAUCACUGCUCAGGUUCUUGAGUUUGAGUAUUCAGCGCGACAAAGAACCCUGAUUUCUCUUUCAGCAUCUUCAAAACUGCUUCGUCACCUCGCAGAGCCACAUUUGUACAACCAUCCCCGGGGCGCUCACUCAAUCGAGCGGCAAUGGAGAUUCAUGUUCAGUCUAGUUCUGGAGCCCCAGAGAGGACAUCUUGUGCAGUCGCUCGAGUUCCGAUGGUAUCCUCGGCCUGACAACAGCGAUCUUAUCAUUGAACUUCUUCACGCCUGUCCAAAUGUGCGGGAACUACAAAUUCAACGAGGCUCCUCCAUGUCCGACGUCGGGCUAAUUACACUCGAGGAAGUCACCCACCUGGCCAAUAUCUUCGCCGCAAGUCCCAGGGUUACUCAGUUUUGGUACGCAACAUUUACUGAGUGGCUACCUGAGAACCUUCGUUACGGGCAUGAGCAGGAGGAAAUCUAUAGAUUUUGUACAUUUGACAGCCGCUUUGCAAAGUUCGGUGCUCAGUUACAAGAACUGGCACUCCAUGGUCAAGUGAAUUGGCUCGUACGGGCGAUGCUGCUUAGUUUGUCUCCUGCACUCAAGUCUUUGACUCUCGGACAAGACACAGAUCUUGAUUUUUGGCCCCAUCCUCUCUUGUUACUGUCGCACUGCGCCCCUCACCUUGAAAUUCUAGAGAUGCGCUGUAGACUUGCCGACGGUGAGGAGCUCGUCAAUAGAUGCAAAAUAUGGACAAAGAGUCUGCGUGUUUUGCGUGUCGACAACAUAAAGUUUUCUAACGGCUCCCUUGGGGACGUUGUCAAAACUCUGGAGGUUCUAGAGAGUCUACAUCUGGGAUACGGGUGUGUCCUGACCCAAGGAGACCUUGAGGCGAUCGCUCAGUCACCCCCUCAGCAGCGGUUCAAGUCAAUUUCUAUACACGAUAUAGACACAACGGGAUCAACACUUCCUACGUGGGCGGAUCGCAUCGAACGAAUCAUCGAAACUCUAAUGGUCUCGCAUUCAUCAACGCUAACAAACGUUUAUCUCGAUCCCCAUACGAUCCAGUUGGGGAAGCGUAUGAUACUCAGCUGUAAGCAAAUGACCAACCUCGAGGACCUUCAUGUGACCUUUUCUAGCGACGUCACCGCAGCAGACGUGGAUGCUCUGUUGGAAUAUUGCCCGAAACUCCAUGCCGUCCCGCGACAGGUUCAAGAGCUAUCAUCGCAACCGGAGAAAUGGGAAGAGAGAUAUGUAGCAAAACAACGCGAAUUUGACGCAGAGUUUGAAAGGCUCCCACCGUCAUUAGGCUAA